AUGUAUGAGAUCGCCAUUGGUCAGUCGGACAAUGUAGGGUUUGAUGUUAUCCCCGACAAGAUAUCUUCGCAAAAUAAGACAUAUGACGUACUGCUGAUUGCCUACUUAAGAGGUGGAACUACCUUCCUGGGAGAGAUGCUCGGAUUCAGAAAUGAAAAUUUCUAUAUCUACGAACCGCUACACAACCUGACGACGUUUGGAUAUUUUAAACCAGGCUUUCUGUGUAGUAUGAUGGAUGAAAGUUGCAGAAGAAACAACCAGACUGAUGACCAGGUAUUGGAUGUCAUACGAGGGAUAUACAAUUGUGACAGCCGCAAAUACAGGCACCUCCUACAAUCAUGGCAUUAUAUUAAAUCUAUGGGACAACAGAAAUUCUCUGCAUGUAGCAAAACGAGAAAUGGAUGCCCCGAGAAAUACUUUAAUCAGUGCUCAACUGCUGUAUCAAAAGUCAGUAAAAUUCCUAGAAUUAGUAUCGGCCUGGCAUCAAAGCUGCUCACCGAGUUUCCUAAUCUAAAAAUAAUUCACCUUUUAAGAGACCCAAGAGCGAUAAUGAAUUCGAGGUACAGACUCAAGUGGACCCCUGUUCCGGGUGGCGCAUUGUCAUUGUGUAAAAAAAUGAAAAGUGAUUAUCAGGAAUCAAUUCAAGUAAAGAAAACUCAUCCUGGGAGAUUAUACACCGUUUUCUACGAGGCUUUGGCACAAAAUAAUUUGGAAACAUUCAAAGACAUUUACAACUUCAUUGGAUAUCAAUUUGAUAAAGAGGAUCAUCUCCGUUUGACCAAGAUGACUGCCUCCACUAAAGACGGACCUGUUGAUGAUACACGAAGGCAUGAUUCCGCUAAAACAGCACGUAAAUGGAGAUACCAAAUCAACACAAACGUCCUGAUAGAAACCAACAAAGCUUGCUCAGAAUUGUAUCGGCUACUUGGUUAUCCACAAUUAAAAAGUAUACAUGAGCUCAAAAACGAAAGCAUCCCUCUUAAUAAUCCGACAUUCCAGGAAAAUACAAAUGAAAAUGUUUUGAUUUUUUAUGUGUGUAAGUAA